GGAACCAUGUGCGAAAUCCUGUCUGCCUCUUCAUCUGACUGGAUGCAACUCUAUCAACAAACCGUUGAUACUUCUUUCGCCCCCAACACUUCAUUUGUAGCCGCCGGUGACCAUCACUUGGCCCCCAAGGGCUGUGUAUCAAAGCCUAUUCGGAGACGGUCCAGAGCUUCAAAAACAACACCCAUCACCCUCUUCAAUACCGAUGCCAAAAACUUCAUAUCAUUGGUGCAACAAUUCACCGGCUGCCGCCGUCGUAGCAGCUCCAUUUCAUUCGUCAACAAUAUCACAAGAAGCCCUGUCAAUAUAAAUUUCGCACUUACAAAUGCUAAGAACGAUCACCACUAUAAUCACAGCCCCACUUCGGAUCACCCUCCAAUACUAUCACAGCCUUUUGUUGACACCAAGCAUGAACAACAUUACCAGCACCAGCAGCAACUGUCAAAUGAAGAACAAGAACAAGAAGGCGAGAUUUCUUUUGACAGUAUUACGUCGACUGAUCAUGAUGAUUUGUUUCCACAAGGGUUUGUAAUGGAUGAUGUGUUUUUUCUAGCAUGAGGUUUUG